UCUAUCAGGCUGCGGCCACUUAUACAACAACAAUGAAUGUCUUUGGCGAUUUCAAUGAAAAACACGCCAGUAUCUCAGCAGUUAUUCUGAAACUCUAUGGCCUUUAAGUGAAAAUUGAUGCCGCGAAACAGCAUUUGAAACAGUGUCAGUGUUUGCCCUCCUCUAAACAGAUCUUAUAGCAAGGAGAGGCAUCCCCUUAGGAGUGAGCUGUGGGUGUAUGUAAUGGCAGGUGGAAGGCGAGGGACGAACCGCACCACUUACUGCAGACCUCCACUUGGCAGUGAAGCAGGCUCAGUAAGCAAUGGCAACCACUCCACCAGCUCCCCGGUCACCGGGGUGCGAUCUCGCACGAGGAGUGGUACAGGAGCAUGCAUGUCCAGCCCACCACUGGCUGCGCAGACAGUGGUGCCCUUGAAACACUGCAAGAUCCCAGAGUUACCUGUGGAUCACAAUGUGCAGUUCGAGCUCUACCUUUUCUUCUGCCACCUCACUGCUCUCUUUGUCCAUUACAUCAACAUCUACAAGAGUGUAUGGUGGUACCCACCAUCACAUCCUCCCUCAUUCACUUCACUGAACUUCCACCUGAUUGAUUAUAACAUGCUCGUGUUCAUAGUUAUCAUUCUGGCUCGGAGGUUAAUCGCAGCAAUUGUUAAAGAGGCAUCACAGAGUGGGAAACUAUCAUUUCCUCAUUCCAUCUUCUUAGUGAUGGCACGGUUUGCUGUGCUAACACUAACAGGCUGGAGUCUGUGCCGCUCCCUCAUUUACCUCUUCAGAACGUACUCUGUGCUAAGCCUGCUCUUCCUCUGCUACCCAUUUGGGAUGUAUAUUUCGUUCUUUCGGUUGAGCUGCGACUUCCGGCGUGCAGGUCCCCUGUCCCCCAUGGCCGGCAUUGGCUCCAAAGAAUUGGGCAGUGUCGGCCGGGGGCGGGACUACCUGACGGUGCUCAAGGAAACCUGGAAGCAGCACACCAGCCAACUAUACGGUGUCCAGGUCAUGCCAACACACGCCUGCUGCCUGUCACCAGACUUGAUUCGCAAAGAAGUGGAGUACCUCAAGAUGGACUUUAACUGGAGAAUGAAGGAGGUGCUGGUCAGUUCCAUGCUGAGUGCCUACUAUGUGGCCUUUGUACCAGUCUGGUUUGUCAAGAGCACCCAGUAUGUAGACAGACGCUGGUCUUGCGAGCUGUUCAUCAUGAUGUCGGUCAGCACAUUGGUCAUCCUCAUGCGACACCUAUUGCCACCUCGCUACUGCGACCUGCUGCACAAAGCUGCAGCGCACCUUGGCUCCUGGCAGAAAGUAGACCCAUCGCUGUGCUCCAAUGUCCUCCAGCACCUGUGGACAGAAGAAUACAUGUGGCCGCAGGGUGUCCUGGUCAAACAUAAUAAGAAUGUCUACAAAGCUACGGGCCACUACAAUGUCGCAGUACCAUCAGAUGUGUCCCAUUAUCGCUUCUAUUUCUUUUUCAACAAGCCGCUACGAAUAUGGAACAUCCUCGUCAUCCUGAAAGGCACCAUGAUAUUUUACCAACUCUACUUGUUGAUAUUCUCAGAGAAGUGGCAUCAAACCAUAUCGUUGGCACUGAUCCUUUUCAGUAACUAUUAUGCCUUCUACAAGCUUCUGAGAGACAGAAUUGUCUUAGGGAAUGCGUACUACUACUCAAACAGCUUGUCAGACCAGAAAGUCAGUUAGGUCUAAGUUAUGGGGUGCAAUCAAGAGCUCUGUAUUUUUUUUUUUUUUUUUCUACAAAUUGCAUUUUGUGUCACGCUUUUGUUCCAA